AUGAUCCCCUCGCAGCGGCUAGCCGCAAGGGCCGCUCGGCCGCCUUCGCGCUACUCGGUCGCUGCUCUGGCCCCGCUCCAGUCAGCGCUGCCGCGCUCGCCCGUCAAGGCUUUCCCGGCUGCUCCCAGCUCCGCCAAAAGCGAGCGCAGCUUCGCUACUCUUUUCGCCACCGGACCCGCGCUGCCGUCUUCGACGCAGCCCUGGAACGCCAGGUCCUUUGUCACCUCCACCUCGACCGCCCUGCCCCGCAAGAAGACGGUCCCAUCCCUCAAGGAAGGCGAGCAAGACGAGGGCGAACAUGAGAACGAAGCCGAGAAAGAUGACGAGCAUGGCGACCGGGAGCUGGCUCGCGCGAACAAGACGUCUGGCGCAUCAGGCGCCUCAUCAUCGGCGGGCAAUUCUGGCUCGGUCUCGGGUGCUGCCGGUUCUGGCUCUUCCAACAGCUCGAGCUCGGGCGGUUCUGGAUCCUCUUCUACCUCGAUUUCGCGGUCCACUGUGCCAUCGGUCUACCCGCAAGUGCUUGCCCUGCCCAUCACACGGCGGCCGCUCUUUCCUGGCUUCUACAAGGCCGUCGUGAUCAAGAAUCCCGCCGUCUGUGCCGCCAUCAAGGAGUCUAUGAGCCGUGGCCAACCCUACAUCGGAGCAUUCCUGCUCAAGGACGAGGAAGAGGAUGCCGACAUCAUCACCGACAUCACCAAGGUCCACAAGGUCGGCGUAUUCGCCCAGGUGACCAGCGUCUUCCCCGCGCAGCCCGCUGGCAGCGGCAGUGGCAAGAAGGACAAGGACGGCGAGAAGUCCGACGACGAGGAGGGCAUCACGGCCGUCCUCUACCCACACCGGAGGAUCCGGAUCGACGAGCUCAUUACGCCGACCGGAGAGACGAUCCCCACUCCGCCGCCUGGCACCGAGGGCGCCGGUCCGGCCAAUCCGAUCAGCGACGAGGCCGCAAACGAAGAGGCGGCCAGGUCAGCGACAGGCUCCAAGGUGCACGAGAUCCAGCAGGCGGCCCGGGACGAAGGCGUGCUGCCGGAGAAGAACGACGCCACCGAGGCCGCAGAGCAGGAGUCGAGCCCCGACAUGCCUUCCCACUCGGCCCCCUUCCAGACCUCGUUCCUCCAGGACUACGCCGUGUCGCUGGUCAAUGUCACCAACCUGGCUGCUGCGCCGUACGACAAGCGCAACGACCAGUACAUCAAGGCGGUCAUGGCCGAGCUGAUCAGCGUCUUCAAGGACAUCGCGCAGCUCAACCCCCUCUUCCGAGACCAGAUUGCCAACUUUUCCAUCUCGCAGGGCGCAGGCAACGUCUUUGAGGAGCCCGAGAAGCUGGCCGACUUUGCCGCGGCCGUGUCGACCGGCGAGGUGGGCGAGUUGCAGGCCGUCUUGGAAGCACUCGAUGUCCGCGAACGCCUCCAGAAGGCGCUCGUCGUGCUCAAAAAGGAGCUGAUGAAUGCGCAGCUGCAGAGCAAGAUCAGCAAGGACGUUGAGUCCAAGAUUCAGAAGCGGCAGCGCGAGUACUACCUGAUGGAGCAGCUCAAGGGUAUCAAGAAGGAGCUCGGCAUCGAAUCGGACGGCAAGGACAAGAUGGUCGACAAGUUCAGGGAGAAGGCGGCCGAGCUGCGGAUGCCCGAGGCGGUGCGCAAGGUGUUUGACGAGGAGCUCAACAAGCUUACGACGCUCGAGCCUGCCGCCAGCGAGUUCAAUGUGACCCGCGGCUACCUCGACUGGCUCACUAGCAUCCCCUGGGGCGUCCAUUCUCCCGAGAACUACUCGAUCUCCAACGCCACCACGGUGCUCGACGAGGAUCACUACGGCCUCAAGGACGUCAAGGACCGCAUCCUCGAAUUCCUCGCCGUCGGCAAGCUCAAGGGCACCGUCGAGGGCAAGAUCAUCUGCCUGGUCGGACCGCCCGGCGUGGGAAAGACAUCGAUCGGCAAGUCGAUUGCCCGCGCCGUCGAGCGGCAGUUUUUCCGAUUCAGCGUCGGCGGCCUCAGCGACGUUGCCGAGAUCAAGGGACACCGCCGGACCUACGUCGGCGCCAUGCCAGGCAAGGCCAUCCAGGCCUUGAAGAAGGUCGGCACCGAGAAUCCGCUGAUCCUGAUCGACGAGGUCGACAAGAUCGGCCGCGGUCACAAUGGCGACCCCUCGUCGGCGCUCCUCGAGAUGCUCGAUCCCGAGCAGAACGGAUCCUUCCUCGACCAUUACAUGGACGUUCCCGUCGACCUGUCGAGGGUGCUCUUCGUCUGCACCGCCAACACGCUCGACACCAUCCCCCAGCCGCUGCUCGACCGGAUGGAGGUGAUGGAGGUCUCGUCUUACACGGCCGAUGAGAAGCGGCACAUUGCGCGCGGCUACCUGGCGCCCCAGGCCAAGGAGGCGUCCGGCCUCGAGAAUGCCAACAUCACCCUGCCCGACACGACCAUCGAUUUCCUGAUCAAGCAUCACGCCCGCGAGAGCGGCGUGCGUGGGCUCAGGAAGCUGCUGGAGAAGGUCUAUCGGAAGAUUGCCUUCAACAUCGUCAAGGAGCACGGCGAAUCCGUCUUCCCGGAACCCAAGGAGGGCGAGCUGGCUCCGGCACAGACGGACGCGGCCGCCGCCAAGCAAGGGGCGACUGCAGCCGCAGAUGCACCCGUCAACGAUUCCGACGCUGCGGCCGGCACCGCCGACAGCAACUCGCAGUCGGUCACGCCACCGCCUGCUCCGUCUGAAGGCGAGACGAGCGACGACCCAACGGGCCCCUCGAGCGAAGCGGAUGCGGACAAGUCGCUGCAGGACGGCAAGGUGCCCGCCCGGGACGCGCCGCCCGAGGCGCCCGCCAAGGUGACGACCGAAAAGCGGCGGCCGAUGCAGGUGCCGCCGGACGUCAAGGUGGAGAUCACCAUCGAGAGCCUGCGAGACUACCUCGGCCCUCCAGUGUACCACAAGGACAGGCUGUACACGAGCACGAUGCCAGCCGGUGUGUCUACGGGCCUGGGCUACCUCGGCAACGGGUCCGGCAGCCUGAUGCCGAUCGAGACGACCAUCAUGCCUGGCAAGGGGGGCCUGCAGCUGACGGGCAAGCUGGGAGACGUGAUCAAGGAGAGCGCCUCGAUCGCGCUCAGCUGGAUGAAGAGCAACGCGUUCGAGCUCGGCAUCACCAAGUCGGCCGAUGAGAGCCUUCUCGAGAACAAGGACGUCCACCUCCACAUGCCCGAGGGCGCCAUCGGCAAGGAGGGACCCUCGGCCGGCGUGGCCUUUACCACCAGCUUGACCAGCCUGCUGACGGGCCGCAGCCUGCCGCCGACUCUGGCCAUGACCGGCGAGGUGUCGCUGCGCGGCAUGGUGCUGCCCGUCGGUGGCCUCAAGGAGAAGCUGCUGGCGGCACACCGCGCGGGCAUCACGAAGGUGAUCCUCCCCGCCCAGAACCAGCCCAACGUCGAGGCCGACGUGCCCAAGGCGGUGCUCGCCGACCUCGAGGUGCACUACGUCAGCAACGUUUGGUCCGCGCUCGACGUGGCAUUCGGCGAAGGGCCGUGGAGCGGAAAGGCCCAGGAGAUGAGGGCGCAGGAGGAUCGCGAAAACGAGGCUGUCCGCUCGCCGGCGACGGCAGGCGGCGAAAAGAUCAAGGAAGACGAUGGCGCCAACCAGGACCAGCCCGUCAACUGA